UGAAGCGUUAGCAGUGGCUUUUACUACUCUUCUCCCGCCUCUACACCCGGCGCGUCCGUCUUCCCUCUUACCCACCCCCAACCACGCUGUCCUCCGUAUCCACCCCCUCCUUUCUUUCCCACCCACUCAUCACCCCAGGCUGGGGAAUCUCCAUUGACGUUCGGGUGACGCUACUGUGCUGCCACUGUGGGUAGGUGGGGGUGGUUUCCAAGCGCUGCACAGGUAACGCCACCGCUGCCGCCAUAUUGACAGAGCUGGGGAUGGGGAGGGGGCCCUAGGAAGAGGGGUGGGGGACAGAGUCAACGCCAAGCGACAGUCGCGGCGGCGGCAGUGCUGAGCACCAGUCGAGAGGAGCUCUCCGUGAGGCAGCAGAGUUUUCUUGUCUAUUGGGGCAGCUGCCUGCGGUGGCGAUCCUCAGCUCGCAGCCUGUGAGCGGACGCUGCAGCGAGGGCAGCGGUGGCUGAAGCAGGGUCUGAGGGUUACGUGGGUGUUGGCGGCGGCAGGCAAGCUCAAACGACGGGAUGCGCGGUCGCUCCAGCGGUUGGCAGCUCCUGUUCAAGUGCUCCUGAAGGGGCAAUGCUACCGUUCACUCCUCAGGAGGAGCUUUGGAACCAAGAAAUGGAGGUGUUCGGAGGCGGCGCAAGCAGCGGCGAGGUGGAUGGUCUUAAAAUGGUUGAUGAGCCAAUGGAAGAGGGAGAAGCAGAUUCUUGCCAAGAUGAAGGAAUUGUUAAAGAAAUCCCUAUUACUCAUCAUGUUAAGGAAGGGUAUGAGAAAGCAGAUCCUGCACAAUUUGAGUUGCUCAAAGUUCUUGGUCAGGGAUCCUUUGGAAAGGUUUUUCUUGUUCGAAAGAAGACUGGUCCUGAUGCUGGGCAGCUCUAUGCAAUGAAGGUGUUAAAAAAAGCUUCUUUAAAAGUUCGAGACAGAGUUCGGACAAAGAUGGAGAGGGAUAUACUGGUGGAAGUAAAUCAUCCAUUUAUUGUCAAAUUACACUAUGCCUUUCAGACUGAAGGGAAGCUGUAUUUAAUACUAGAUUUUCUCAGGGGAGGAGAUGUCUUUACAAGAUUAUCCAAAGAGGUUCUGUUUACAGAGGAAGAUGUGAAAUUCUACCUUGCAGAACUGGCACUUGCUUUGGAUCAUCUGCACCAAUUAGGAAUUGUAUAUAGAGACCUGAAACCAGAAAACAUUUUGCUUGAUGAAAUAGGACAUAUCAAGUUAACAGAUUUUGGACUCAGCAAGGAAUCUGUAGAUCAAGAAAAGAAGGCUUACUCAUUUUGUGGUACAGUGGAGUACAUGGCUCCUGAAGUAGUAAAUAGGAGAGGCCACUCCCAAAGUGCUGAUUGGUGGUCAUAUGGUGUACUUAUGUUUGAAAUGCUUACUGGUACUCUGCCAUUUCAAGGUAAAGACAGAAAUGAGACCAUGAAUAUGAUAUUAAAAGCAAAACUCGGAAUGCCUCAGUUUCUUAGUGCUGAAGCACAAAGUCUACUAAGGAUGUUAUUCAAAAGAAAUCCAGCAAAUAGAUUGGGUUCAGAAGGAGUUGAGGAAAUCAAAAGACAUCUUUUUUUUGCAAAUGUUGACUGGAAUAAAUUAUAUAGAAGAGAAGUUCAACCUCCUUUCAAACCGGCUUCUGGAAAACCAGAUGAUACUUUUUGUUUUGAUCCUGAGUUUACUGCAAAAACACCUAAAGAUUCUCCUGGUUUACCAGCUAGUGCUAAUGCUCAUCAACUCUUCAAAGGAUUCAGCUUUGUGGCAACUUCUAUUGCAGAAGAAUAUAAAAUCACUCCUGUUACAAGUGCAAAUGUGUUACCAAUUGUUCAGAUAAAUGGAAAUUCUGGACAAUUUGCUGAAUUAUAUGAACUAAAAGAAGAUAUUGGUGUUGGCUCCUAUUCUGUUUGCAAGCGAUGCAUACAUACAGCUACGAACAUGGAAUUUGCAGUGAAGAUCAUUGACAAAAGUAAGAGAGACCCUUCAGAAGAAAUUGAAAUAUUGAUGCGCUAUGGACAACACCCCAACAUUAUUACUUUAAAGGAUGUUUAUGAUGAUGGUAGAUAUGUUUACCUUGUUACGGAUUUGAUGAAAGGAGGAGAACUACUUGACCAUAUUCUCAAAAAAAAGUGUUUCUCAGAACGGGAAGCUAGUGAUGUACUGUUUGUAAUAAUUAAGACAGUUGACUAUCUUCAUUGUCAAGGAGUUGUUCAUCGUGAUCUUAAACCUAGUAAUAUUUUAUAUAUGGAUGAAUCGGCCAAUGCAGACUCCAUUAGGAUCUGUGAUUUUGGGUUUGCAAAACAGCUUCGUGGAGAAAAUGGACUUCUUUUAACUCCAUGCUACACUGCAAACUUUGUAGCACCUGAGGUUCUUAUGCAACAGGGCUAUGAUGCUGCUUGUGAUAUUUGGAGCCUAGGUGUCCUUUUUUACACCAUGCUGGCUGGCUACACUCCAUUUGCUAAUGGCCCCAAUGAUACUCCUGAAGAGAUACUGCUACGUAUAGGCAAUGGCAAGUUCUCUUUGAGUGGUGGAAACUGGGAUAAUAUUUCAGAUGGAGCAAAGGAUUUACUCUCCCAUAUGCUACAUAUGGACCCACAUCAGCGGUACACUACAGAACAAGUAUUAAAACACUCAUGGAUAACCCACAGAGAUCAGUUACUGAAUGAUCAGCCAAAUAGAUAUGAUGCAUCACAUGUCAUUAAGGGAGUAGUGGUCACCACAUGUUCUGCCCUGACUCACAAGACCUUUCAACCAGUCCUUGAGCCUGUUGCUGCUUCAAACUUAGCUCAGCGACGGAGCAUGAAAAAACGAACAUCAACUGGCCUAUAAGAUUUCUAGUGUUCCUCAGCCAGACUGGAUGAAGAGAAAAUUAAAUGUGUGGCUUUUUGCCUAAUCUUAUAUCAAAGGCAUUGUUUUCUGGUACAUUACUUGAAUAUUCUGUUUAAGCCUCCUUUUUUAGGGAGAUGAGAUAAAAAAAAAUACACAGGUCCACAGUAUUCAUACUCUAUGUUGUUUUGUAGUGGUGUCCAAGUGUUUAAAUAUAUAAUUGGUGUCUAUAAGGUCCUAACAACUUCUCUGCACACUAACUUGUAAAGUUCCUUUCAAAUAAAGUUAUUUUAAUAGUUUUUCUAGUUUCAUAAAAUAAUGAUUUGGGGAAUCAGUACCAACAAUCAGGAUGCAAAUACAAUAGUAUAAUGCCAAGCAAUGCCAAUAUUUUUAACAUCAGAUCCUGAAGAAUAGGCUUUUUUUAAAAAGAAAACAAACAAAAAUGUAUUGUACAAACUUGUUUUUGCAUACAACCAAAGGACUACAUUCAUUUGUGCUAAUACAUGAGCUCCUGAUAUAGUUGGUGCCAAAAUUUUUACAGAGUCAAAUCACAGAUUAUGUAUUCAGACAGACCUAUAUAUUAUCCAUAAAUGUCCUCAUCUAGAAAUAAAGGUUUCCAUAAGACCUCUGUAAAAUUUACAUCUAAUGAAAUUAUGGUACAAAUGAAUAAAUUUUUUGGCCAAAGGCUUUAUAAUUGGUCUUGUAAUCUACUAAAUAGGUUAUAAUUAAGCCUUUGAAAAUAAAGUACAUGUGUUGAUACUACCUUCAUGAUAUGUAGACAUACUUUCAAUUUACUCAGUUGGAUUUAAUCAUAUUUUUCCCUUUGGUAAUGAACUACAUUUUUGUCUUUGGACUUUCAAAAUUUAAUUACAGUGUAGUGUAUUAAUUUACCUUGAAUCCUAUGGUUAUAUAGUUUAAAUUUUAUUGUAAUGGACUUGUGGGCUUAGCCCACAUGAUAUAAUACAAUACAUUUCAGUAAACUUUAAACAUUGCUACAAAGAGAUAAACUAACAAAAGAAAAUAAUAUUAAUGAUCUACAUAAAAUUCGAGCACAUUUUAAAUCUUAUUUAUGAAAAAAGUCUGGCAAAAUUGGUCUUAUUUUUAAAUUUAUGAUUUAGAACCAUGGGGUAGUAUAUAUUGUUAUCUCAAAUGAUAGAAUUUUAAAGAAUCUUUUCAUUUUGUUGAAGAAAAUACCAUUACUACUACUACUACUACUAGUACUACUACUGACAGAAAGAACUCAUGAAUGUAAACUGGAGGAUAUUACAGCUUUGUUUAGUGAAUAUAAGCGAACAACUUGUGUGUGCUAAGUGUACUGUUUUUUGUGUAUUUUGCUUAAUCCAGAGAGCAAGCUGAUUACUAAGCACUGAAGUAUAAAAUUUAGUCUAGAAGACUUGUAACUUUGAUAUUCAAUAAAGGAAACUAUACAUAUUCUCUUUAUAAUAUAAGUGAUAUAUAUUCCAUGUAAAAAGAUCUGUUUCUUUGGUAUGAUGUAUAAAAGUAUACAUCUUUACUUUGAGGUGUCUUUUGUAAUAAUUGAAAGAUUUAAAAACAUCUAAUGCCACAUGGAAAACAUUAUUUAGUAAUAGACAUGUACCAUAUCUUGUGGAUUUUUCUUUCCCAAUUUUGCCUUUUCUUUCCUCAUUUUGCUUUCUUACUAGAAUUACUUGCAUGUAACCAUUUGUGUUCAUAUAUUCUGACUUACUUUCCUCUUGUCGUUAUCUUAUUGGUGCUGUCAUGCCUUCUUUUUAUCAGAAUUAAUAUGACAAACUUAGAGGUAUGAUUUUGGUGUUGGACUUUUCAGAACAGAGAUACAAUUUCCAAGUAUUCUUUUCAAGUAGUAGCAUUAGGGUAUGUGAAAUUGGAAAGUGCAAAAUUAUCACAAAAUAACUUACAAUAUUUCUAUAUUAAUUAAUCUUUCCAUAUAAUUAAUUACAAUCUUUCUAAAUUAAUUAAUGGUUUUUAAAAGUAGAUUAUCUUAAUUAAUUUCUCACUGAGGUUGCUCAGAGGGGUAAUAUUAUACAGUCCUUUCAUGAAUGGAACACAAUCAGAAUUAAGCAAUGAACAGCAAGAUUCUUCAUCACUCAAUGAGGAUUGAAAAAUUAUAAAAAGACACAGAAACACUAGUAGAUUUUCCCUAUAAUGGUGCAAAACUUUUCUGCUGGAAAAUUCAAACAAAGUAGAUUUAAAAAAGUAGUAGGGACAACUUUAGUAUAAGGGAAAUCUUCAAAUUAUACUCUAAUUUUAUAGAAGGAAUCCAGAUAGGGACGCUUACUCAUGUACUUUUUGGCUAGAGCAAUAAAUUCAUAUGUAAAUGGGAGCUGUUUUGGUGGGGUUCCUAUAAAUGCUUAACCAGUAAAAACAAAUCCUUUCUAUAAAAUUUUAGUAUACUGUGGUUUCUAAUGGAUUCAUGAACAAUUAAUUUCCAUUGCUUUUCUUUUUAGUUGAUGGUUCUUGCUAGUAUUUACUGAUAGCACAAUUUAGGAGUUUUGUUGUUCUGGAAAGGAGAGGAUAUUGUAUUCUUAUUUUCCUCAGAGGGAAAACAUCAUGUUUGCUCAGAAAGACUAAGAAUCUAUGGUCCUAAAGCGCAUAUUAUCAUAAGUAAACACAGGAAGCCAUUGGUAAGUAAAUUAAUAUGUAGUGGUGGUGAUUUUGUGGGGGUGAAAUGGUUUCAGCCAAUUCAUGAAAAUCAAACUUGAGCCUCUUUUGUUAGACACAGAAAUGCCUAAACAUUAAUUUUUGCAAUGUAUUGCUAUCAGUAAUUAAACAUAAAAAAAACAUUUUUAUAGUAUGUCUGGUUAAUCCAAAAGGAUUUCUUAUGUGUAGACAACCCACAAACUUAAGAAUAGAUGUUUAAUGUUUACAAUGUCUCCUCAUUGAACAUUCAUGUUAGUGUAUUACUGCCCAUAGAAAUUUACUCAUACUGAUCGAAUAGUAUUUCCCUGGAAGUAAGAGGCCCUUCAUAUAUGAAAAAAGGAAAUAAUAAACCUGCUUAACUUGGCCUUAAGAUCAACUAGAAAACUUAGGUUUUAAACUAGGCAAAAUAUGUCUCUGGCAUUCUGUAUAUUCUCUUUCUCCUGCUUUCCAGUCCCCACAUGCUAUCCUACUUGACUACCUCACAGAGGACUCCAUGAUUAAAGCUUACUCCAGAAGGAUUUUGUGCCCCAAAGUACCUCACAAGCUUUCCCCUCCCCAAAUCAGAGCUUCCAUUCUCAAAGAGCAGUUAUAUUCAGCUAAAAGGGUGAAAGGAGAAUUAUCUUGAUAAAUUAAUUCUCAUUUUUCUGUCAAUGGCUAAUAAACAAUUGGUAUUUUUGAAGGAAGUUGCCCAUUAAUUUAAUGAAUUUCUAGUUGCUGGAUUUUUAGGCAGUUUAACCAGAUGAGAAUAAUUUUUUAUCAGUUAUUAUCAGGGAAGAUACUUCGGGACAAGGAAUUUACACAGUAUGCCCCAGGAUCAGAUUAUCCCAUAAAUGAUUUCCUUUUUGCACUGCUUCAUCCUUUCUACUUUUCAAAAUUCUUUUUCUCUUCCAAGAAAUUUCCAUGAUUUUUUAAUAAUUUUUCAUCAUUUACAUUUUGGUUUUAUUUUUUUUAUUUUUUAAAAUUUACAUCCAAAUUAGUUAGCAUAUAGUGCAACAAUGAUUUCAGGUAGAUUCCAAACUUUUUAAUCACAGUGAACUUCUAUGACAGAACGGUGUGGAGCGAGACAGUUGCUAAAUGCACGUUUAUCUGUAUUGUUGUUUCUCAUAGUAUAUAACCUAUGACAUAAGGAGUCUCCAGCCCAUCCCCCCAGCCUCUAUCCCUGUUUUUUAAUAAGCAAGAGUAUAGAAAGGUUGAAUGCAAUAUCAGUGGAGUCCAAGUCUCUAGAUCCUUUGUCUACAUUUCAGGACGCAGAGAUCCUCAAUGUUACUUCUCAACAAGAAUGAAAGCCAUAUUAAGUAUAGCCUGGUCAACUUCAAUCAAACUACUUUAGAACAAUUUCUUACAUUUCAAAACCUACUUAGGUAUUUUUGAUGUGUAUCUCAGUAUAAAUAAUUGCUGAAAUUAACAGAACAAUUCAGUAGUGUGCUAUCUGCCUUCCUAUGCAAGAGUGUAGUGGCAUUGAUAAUGAUUAUUCACAAAUACAUUAUACUUAUGGAUGCACUGUUCCUGGUUUUAUUCUUUCAAUAUAGUAAAAUCUAUCAAAUAAUUUGAAUAAAAUGAUAAUGCUUGAUCACCUAAAAUUCAGUUUGGUUGAAGGUAUUUAAGUCCUAAAUUAUAGGGAUAAGUUUCUUUGAAAUAAAAAGAAAAACACUAAGGAAAAGUAUUUUUAGAAUGUAGUAAUUCAAGUUUGUAUACGUAUAUUCCACAAAUUAUGUACCUUUUAUUGACCAGCAAGAAAUAUUAGUAAACGCUUAGAAAUAAGUCCAUAUGUGAUUACGAAGUUAGGAUUUGUUCUAUAUUCACAUUUCUAAACCUUCAAUAGUCAAUAGUCAUCAUUGGAUGACUGUUUUGCUUUCAUACUAUUUGUCUAAUUAUGUGAACGAAUUUUCUCUUCAAAAGGUAUUUAUUAAACAUCUAAUUUUAUGCAGAACAGUUAUGCAUAUUUUUUUGCAGAAUAUACUAUGUGCAUUAGUUUCUUAAUAAAUUGUCACAAUGUGACCAAUUGGAUUUAUUUGCUUUGUUCUUUCCUAUAAAACUAAUAAUGCUCAGGUCACAUUUGGGUUCUCCAGUUCACUCUCUGAAACUGAUACCACUAAUAGCAAAAAAUGUAAGUUUGUUCUUAAUUAUAAUAAAAUUAUUUCUAACAUCACAAAAGCAUUCUAGCAAAAAAAAUGUUUUAAGUUAUACAAGAAACCUUAAUUAAAUAUCCAAAUGCCAGCAUGGUUUGGGAAUGAGAAUUUAUAUUGCAUUAAAUUACACAGUACAAAAAAAAAGAGAGAAUAUGGUUUUUCUGUAUUUGAUUUAAAAAAAAACAAUAAGUAGCGUUAGUAGAUGUGAGUUACAUAGGGUUUAUGCAGCUAUAACAUGUUUGCUAUAGUUACAAUAAGAAAAAAUGUCUUUCCAACACUUCCCAUACAUUUUGGGAUUCCUAAACUUAUUUUCUGAUA